AUGUCUGCGAGUAACUUGAAAAUGCUCAGCGAGGAGAGCCUGACGCGACAACCGGAAGAAGUAUUCGAUAUAAUUUGCAAGCUGGGCGAGGGUGCCUACGGAAGCGUCUAUAAAGCCUUGCACAAGGAGUCCGACAGUGUCGUUGCCAUUAAGCAAGUCCCCCUGGACACCGACCUGCACGAAAUAAUAAAAGAAAUCUCGAUUAUGCAGCAGUGCGACAGCCCUUACGUAGUGCGGUACUACGGCAGCUAUUUUAAGAACACCGACCUCUGGAUCAUUAUGGAGUAUUGCGGCGCGGGUAGCGUUUCCGACAUAAUCAGGCUCAGGAAGAAAACUUUGACCGAGUGUGAGAUCGCCACCAUCCUCUCGGAUGCUUUGAAAGGACUCGAAUAUCUGCAUUCGAACAGGAAGAUCCAUAGGGACAUUAAGGCCGGUAAUAUCUUGUUAAACACCGAUGGACACGCGAAACUUGCCGACUUUGGGGUGGCUGGACAGCUCACCGAAACCAUAUCGAAGAGAAACACGGUUAUCGGUUCGCCCUUUUGGAUGGCCCCAGAGAUAAUCUUGGAGAUCGGAUACGAUUGCGUGGCGGAUAUUUGGAGUAUCGGUAUUACCGCACUGGAAAUGGCCGAGGGGAAGCCUCCUUACGCGGACAUCCACCCUAUGAGGGCCGUUUUUAUGAUCCCAACAAAACCGCCUCCAAGUUUCCGAGACCCCGACAGUUGGAGUGCCGAAUUCAUCGAUUUCGUCAGUCUCUGUUUGGUGAAGAACCCUUGCGACAGGGCCUCCGCCACCGACCUGCUGCAGCACGUUUUCCUACAAAAGUCCGGUGGGGUGCAGGCCUUGACCCAGAUGAUAUCUGAAGCGAACGAGAUCCGAAAGAAUCAGAGCUACAAUAAAAUGCCGAUGACGCAGCAUCAGAAUAACCAGCAGGAGGUUGACGAGGUGGGUGCCACCUUGGUGCCGAGUAAAACGACCAGUCAGAGUGCCACGAUGGUCACUCUGCAGUCGGAUUUGGGCACCAUGGUGGUGAUCAAUAGUGACGACGAGGACGGAGAGAGAACCAUGAAGUCCGAGGAGGCGAAGAAGUACAAGCCGUUUUUUUUGGAGCAUUUCGAUCAUACUGACGCUCAUAAGUCGUAUGUGGCAUCUCACAGUGGUUACGGUCAUUCGUCUGCGAGUGCUCUACCUCAGCAGAGUAGUGGGGUCGGUGUGGAGCCUCUGGAUGUUAAAUUGCAAAAAAUCAAACCUGUGAACAUGGAUUUUGGGUUCCUAAAGGAUUUAAGUUACGAAGAGCUGAAGGAGAGGUUCGAUCUGCUCGAUACGGCGAUGGAGAAGGAGAUCGAGGAGCUGCAAACUCAUUAUAUAUUGAAGAAGCAACCCGUGGAGAACAUGAUUCAUAAUAAACGAGAACGGAAUAGGAACUUUUAA